AUGCACAAAAUCCCCCACGAAUCGCUCAAAACCAACACCAACUAUCUCAAGUCAUGCAUUCUCUAUGAGGUGCUCAGUGGGAAACCAAUUUUUGACUGCUAUCGCCUCUUCUGUGAGAGAAAUGGUGAUGAUGCGAUGGGAUACGUCGAUUUCGAGUACUGGUUUUAUCGAUUUUACUAUGGAGACGUAGAUUUCACGCAUGAAAGAAGAACAGAGGCUAAUCAGAAGGUGUUGUCUGGGUUGCCUGCGGAGUUACUGGUGAAGGUCACAGGAUACGUAAAUCCUGAAGAUAGAGGAAAUCUACGCCUCACGUCCAAGAUAUUCAAAGCCAUAGUUGACAUGAUUGGUGUAACCUUCAAACAAAUUAUUGUGGAGUGGACAGAAAACUUCUUCCGUUUACAAAUAAAUGAAAAGUGCUUCGAUUAUCUAAUUUACUUUGGUCACUUCAUUCGAAAUGGUAAUCCUGCAGAUGGCCAGGAAGCUGCAUUCGGUCGUUUUGCUCAAGUCUUGAAUCACCGGAAACUACUAAUUAAUCGUCUAGCCCUGAAGCUUCCAUUUGAUGUGUUUCCUGAAAAAAGGGAACAAUUGUUGAAAUGUCUGCCACAUUCAUUGGGCGUGAAGUCAGCGAUUAUUCAAGCCAGUGCCGAUGAAACACUGACGAUUGUGUUUCACAUGAAACCUGGAGUCUUAAAUGGAAUCCUGGUAACCGGAUGUCCUCGAGAACUGGCUCCAAUCUUUGAAUCAGAACAUUGGAAGCAGGCAGAAGAGACUAACGUGGUUUCUGCUCAAAAUACUUCGGAGUAUUUUCCAAUGUUCUACAACUUCCCUUGUUUCCAUAUCAGAGUCAAUUCUAUGGUAUUGAAUGAUUUACAUCACUUGAUAGCUAACGUUGCCAGAAACCCAUCUUUCCAGUUUUGCAUGGUAAAAGCCGGCAAUGUCAGUUCGUGGUUUGUGGAACCUUUUCCUUUGGAAGAAAGAAGGGCGAACGAUGGAAGUGUCACCCAUCGUUAUCAGAUUCCGGACUCCAGUCACUAUUUGGAAAUUCACUCGGGAAAUGAUAGUGUUUACACUAUUCGAAGACAUUAA